GAGAGGGAGAGGCGGCGGCGGCAGCUGGAGGAUGAAGAAGGAGCAUGUGCUGCACUGUCAGUUCUCUGCCUGGUAUCCGCUGUUCCGAAGCCUUACCAUCAAGGGCAUCAUUCUUCCACUUCCUCAGAAUGUGAAGGAUUAUUUACUCGACGAUGGAACUCUGGUGGUUUCAAGAAGGGAAGAUCCACCAACACAUUCUCAACCAGACAGUGAUGAUGAGGCAGAAGAAAUACAGUGUACGAAUGAUGAGAACACGGCUACGCUUACGGCACCGGAAUUUCCCGAGUUGACCACGAAAGUCCAAGAAGCAAUCAAUUCCCUGGGGGGCAGUGCAUUUCCUAAGCUUAACUGGAGUGCCCCAAGGGAUGCAUACUGGAUAGCAUUGAACAGUUCUCUGAAAUGUAAAACCCUCAGCGACAUCUUUCUAUUGUUCAAGAGUUCUGAAUUCAUCACUCGUGACUUCACUCAGCCAUUUAUUCAUUGUACUGAUGAUUCUCCAGAUCCUUGUAUAGAAUAUGAGCUUGUUCUUCAAAAAUGGUGUGAAUUAAUUCCUGGGGCUGAGUUCCGAUAUUUUGUCAAGGAAAACAAGCUUAUUGGUAUUUCUCAAAGGGACUAUACACAGUACUAUGAUCAUAUUUCUAAACAAAAGGAAGAGAUUUGCAGAUGCAUACAAGACUUUUUUAAGAAACACAUACAAUACAAAUUUUUGGAUGAAGAUUUUGUGUUCGAUAUAUAGAAAGACAGCAGGAGGAAGGUGUGGCUGAUUGAUUUUAAUCCAUUUGGUGAAGUAGCUGAUUCACUGCUGUUUACUUGGGAAGAACUGAUAUCUGGAAGAAAUUUAAAAGGUGAUUUUAGUGAAGGAGGUGCUCUGGAGCAGGAUUCUCCAACUUUCCGUUGUACAAACAGUGAAGUGACGGUUCAGUCCAGUCCCUAUCUGAGUUACCGACUUCCCAAGGACUUUGUAGACCUGUUUACUGGGGAGGAUGCUCACAAACUCAUAGAUUUUCUUAAACUGAAAAGAAAUCAGCAAGAUGAUGACUGA